GGCCAACACCAGCAACAACAACAGCAGCAACAGCAACAGCAACAACAGAAACUACCCACAUUACAGUUGACAUUUCAGAAUUUAAACGUGUUGCACAACGAACGCAAAAUACUUUCCGAUGUGAGUGGAUUAGUCAGUCCCGGCGAGGUGCUGGCCAUUAUGGGACCCUCGGGCAGUGGCAAAACAACAUUGCUGGAUUGCCUCAGCGGUCAGCGGCACUUUGAGAGCGGCGGCGUUUAUCUCAACCGCGAGCCGCUCUCAAAGAAGUGGCGCCGCAAGAUUGGCUAUGUGCUCCAAGAGGAGAUCUUUUUCACACAGCUAACGUUGCGCGAGACCGUCAUGUAUACGGCGCUGCUGCGUCUACCCGAGUCAAUGGCGCGUGCCGAGAAGAUGCGUCUCGUCGAUCACAUUUUGGACACGCUGGAGCUCACCGGUUGCCAGCAGACCAAGUUUGGUGAUUACCUCAAUCGCGGUCUCUCUGGCGGGGAGAAGAAGCGCGCCAACAUCGCCUGCGAACUGUUGACGAAUCCACUCCUCAUGCUGCUCGAUGAGCCGACUUCCGGUCUGGAUAGCCACUCGGCCAUUUCGCUGAUGAAGGUGCUGAAGCGUUACGCACAGCUGGAGCAGAAGACGAUUGUGAUAAGCGUACAUCAGCCGUCGUCGCAGAUGUUUCACAUGUUUGAUAAGCUGCUGCUGUUGCAUCAGGGACGCACCGCCUACUUUGGCGAGGUGAACAAUAUCUACCGGCACUUUGAGGACAUUGGAGUGACCAUCCAGCCACACUAUAAUCCCGCAGACUUUGUGUUGGAGCAAUUAAAGUCGUAUCCGGAUAUACGCGAGAAGCUGUUCAUAGCCGCCAGAGAAUCGCAUGGCAACUAUUUGAAUCGCAAUUGCAUAAGCAGCCAUCAGGAAAGCCCAGAUAAGUUCAAGCAGCAGCACGACACCAUUCUGAUCAACGACAUGAUCAACGACUAUUACAAUCAGCGGCAUCACAAUCAUCAGCAUCAUCACAAUCACAAUCACAAUCAUCAUCAGCAUCGUCAUCAUCAGUAUGCUGAUUUACAUCACACAACGAACAGCUGCGAAGCGGAUGAGGAAGCUGCUCAGCAUUUAGUUUGGUGCGGCGCCGAUUCGCAAUCGAAUUUCAGUUCCUGUGCCUCCAGUGAUUGCCAAUCGUAUUGCGUUGGCAAGUGUUCCGCCAGCGAUGACGAUUGGCUUUCGUAUCCCACACGUUUCCACACACAGUUCAGUGUGCUCUCCAGCCGCAACUUCAAGGAGGCCAAGCCACGCAUGUUGUCCAAACUGAAUUGGUUCCAGACCAUUGGUUUGGCGCUGAUGGCGGGCGCCAUUUGGUUUCAGCUUCCGCGCACCGAGGAGUUCCUGCACGAUCUCCAGGGCUGGAUGUUCUUCUCGCAAACCUAUUGGAUGCUCUUUGCGCUCUUCGGUGCGCUCAAUUCAUUUCCUUCGGAACGUGAGGUGAUCAGCAAGGAGCGUCGUUCGGGCGCCUAUCGCCUCUCUGCCUACUAUCUGGCCAAAAUGUGUGCAGAGCUACCUUUGGUCAUAACGCUGCCCACUGUCUACCUCAUGAUUAGUUAUCCGAUGCUGGGCUGCAGCAGUUUUAAGCUCUUCUUUUUGAUGCUCAUCUUUCUGCUCUUGAAUACGAUUGUGGCGCAAAGUGUUGGCUUCUUCAUUGGCGCCUGUUGCAUGGACAUGAAUGUGAGUAUUACGCUGAGUGCAUUAUAUACGCUGGCCACGCAACUCUUUGGCGGCUAUCUAUCGUCACGCAUUCCGGAAGGUCUCAGCUGGAUACGCUACACAUCGAUGAUACACUAUGCAUACCAGAAUAUGCAAAUACUUGAGUUCCGCGAGGGACCAGCUAUUAGCUGUGGAUCGCCGAGCAGCUAUGAGAUAUGCAAACAGCAGACAACCGAAUUCAUUCCAUAUGAGGAAAUACUCAAAGCACAAAACUCCACAUCACCACUCUGGCUAAAUACGCUCGUAUUGAUGAUGUUCUUUCUGGUAUUUCGCGGCCUCGGCUAUGCGGUAUUGCGCUAUCUGCGCUGCCCCAAAAAGACGUGAUACAGCUGACAACGAACCAGUGAUACGUAAUUAGUAGCAUGUGAAAAAUACAAACUAAGCACAAUACACUAAACACUAAACACUAAACACUAUAUUAAAAUGCUCCUACUAAACCUAAUGUUGAACAAAUUGCAAACGUGCGCCAAUUUUGUGAUUCAAUUUUCAAGCCACAUUUAUUAUUAAUUAUUAUCAGCUACAUUUAGUUUAUU